AUGGCACUAGCGAGUGACAUCUUCGUCGGAUUCGACGUUUCCGACAAGGAUAAGCCGUUCAUGCUCGACGUCCUCCUCGCCCACGGCACCCCUUGGGACGAGAAGCUGGCCAUCUACGACCUCGGUCUCUUCAGCGGAUACGAGGACUGGAACCUGAUGCUGGAGAGUGCUGCCUCAAUCAAGGAGGCGGACCUGGCUCGCUCGCCGCUGGAUGCGCGAGAUAUUCUAGCCUACAUCCCUCGAGUCAAAGAAGCCACGCUAGCAGCCGAGAAGCUACGCCAGGGUUGGGCAGCGACUGACCAGGCCAUCAAGAAUUUGGCCGCCCUGCUGCGGGUUCAUCGAUCAGGCCUCGCCGCCGUGCCCCGACCUCGAUCUCAAUCUCAAUCUCAAUCUCGACCCGCCGCCAUCAAACGGGAGCGAGUUAUCAAGCGAGAGGCCGCUUCCGUUGCCCCCAAGCGCGGACGGGAGGUUGUCGAGGACGGGAACGAAGCAGAGCCUAGGCAGCGAGCCAAACGGCAGAGAUCCGCUACCAAGUCAUCUACCUCUCACUACUUCGCACCGUCAACAAACCAACAUUCGCCACGCACGGGCACGAGCACCAGCACCGGACAGCAACCAGCAACUCCGUCGCCCGCUGACACGGCCCAGACUGGCGGCACCUCGGCUCUCAUAUGCCAUGGUAUCGCCACGCCUAAUCCCACGCCUCGCAAGCAGUCUCAAGAGAUUGAGGCCCCGAAGGAGGGCACCGCCACCGCCGUCACCACCACCACCACCACCACCAGCAUACGAGACCCGCUUCAGGCGACAAGCCAGGCCCAAAAUACCGACAGCCGGGGGUCUUCGGGCAGAAACGCCAUCCUGGCCAUCCCCGCGCAGCAGUCCGUCUCCGACGAACUCGUCCGAAUUAUUGUCCCCCGACGAGUUGAGACGGGUCAAGUCCGAGACCUAGCUCCCCCGAAGCCUUCGCCAAGGCGGAAGACGGCCGUGAAAUCGCCGUUCUUCCGCCAGCCGCAGACGAGACCGUCUCCCAAGCCGAAACGCGUCGGUGGUCUUGUGUCGACGAUCCCCUUUCCGCCGCUAUCGGCGCCGCACUUUGGUCUGGUUCAGGAAGAGUUUGCUCACGAACCUUUCUGGCUGCUUGUGGUCGUCACUUUCCUCGUCAAGACGGCCGGUACGCUGGCCAUCCCCACUUUCUACAAGGUCAAGGAGCGGUUUCCGACACCAGCCGCCCUGGCUGAUCCAGAGGUGACCGUCCCGGUUAUGGGCAUGAUCCACCACCUGGGUCUCUCAGUCGUGCGAACGGCGGCGAUACAGCGAUACGCCCGAGCUUGGCUCGUACAGCCACCGACAGCAGGCGUUGUCUAUCGAGUGAAAAACUACGACAAGAGAGAUGUCGAAGCGCACACGUUACGGCCGCCUAGUGGCGCUAAUUCUCCUGGUCCUGUUAUCGCCGAACACGCCACAGAAGCCGACGAGGCGUGGGAGAUGGGCCACUUCACCCAGGGCAAAUACGCCCUCGACAGCUGGCGUAUCUUCUGCCGAGACGAGCUCCUGGGACGGGCCGAUGACUGGAAUGGCAAAGGCGCCGCCCCCAACUUCCAACCCGAGUGGAUGAGAGUGCGACCGGACGACAAGGAGCUCCGGGCGUGUCUACGGUGGAUGUGGAUGCGCGAAGGCUGGGAAUGGGAUCCCGUGACAGGCGAGAGGACAGUCCUCCGGGACGAGGUGCGGAGGGCUGUGAAUGAAGGACGGGUGGACUAUGACGACACGGGCGGGUUGGUGAUUCUCGACGAGCCGCGGUCAGGCUAG